GAUAAGCCCGUGGACUGGCUUUUGGAGCAUUUGAUACAAACAAAGUUGUGUCGAUUCGACAGAGAUCUCAAAGACUGUAAGCGCCAGAAGGAGUUGGUUUGGCUCCACCACAAGCCCUCACUCUUCCAACACAUUGGCACCCAUUCUAGCCUUAAGGGCAAAGUCCAGAAACUAAGGGACCGCGCGUUCGGCAAAUUGUCGUUAUAUUAUUCACACAAAGACAACCCGAUGGCCGUCGUGUCCACUACUUUGAAACCCUAUAAGAGCCAUACGAUAGAGGGCUGCUAUUUCGGGGAGACUUACUUCUGGGGAAUGACACCCAAAACCGGUGAUAAUAUCACGUUUACCUUCAAUCCUCCCAUUCCUCUCGAAAGGUAUUUCAUCCGCACCGGCAAUAGUGAACAUCCAGAGGACAAACUGACGGACGGGUCGGUAGAGAUAUUGCCACUGAAUAGAGUGACGCGAAUACCGAGCCAU